AUGCCUUCUUCUACAUCCAAUGAGUGGGCCAAGGCCGAGAGAGACGUGAUUCUAGAACAGCAGCAGCAGGAGAAAAUCACCAAUGAAGAGUUCAAGAUUUGGAAAAAGACGGUGCCGUUGCUAUACGACGUGAUUCACACAUUUGCCUUGCCCAAUCCAUCAACAGUGGUGCAGUGGCUACCCAAAUACAACCGCGCUAGUGACGACCUUUUGGAAUUGAACUUUGUGUUGGCAAGCAACUCGGUGAGCAAGAAUGACAAUUACGUAAAGCUCAGCUCGGUAACUGUUCCGCGCACGUUGUUGGAGAAGGGGGAUUUGCCAGUGCCGGUCGAUGGGGAAGAUACAUCCAACUUUAAAAGCACCUUGACGCAGUGGAAACAAGCUAGCGAAGUGAAUAAGUUGCGCGUUGCCAAGGAUGGAAACACGGCCUUGUCGUUCAACAGCGAUGGUGUGAUACACGCAUUCAAGCUCGAAACGAGCGAAGUUGUCGAUUACAAGUACCACAAGCAAGGCGGGUUUGCCUUGGACUGGAUCGAUAACGAGCGGUUCUUGUCGGGGAGUGGCGAUGGCCAGAUUGCAUUGUGGCAGUUGGAUAAACCAUCGACUCCGAUCCAGCUAUUCAAGAGCCACCAUGGCGCUGUCAAUGAUAUAUCUGCUGCGAAUGCCAACAUCUUUGGCUCCGUGAGCGAUGACUCAACCACCCAAUUCCACGAUGUUAGAAUUGCUGGUUCGGGGCCAGGCUCGGGAGAAAAAGAAGGGUCGAAUCCCUACAUCAAGAUCGAGAACAGCCAUAUUCAAAAAUGCAUCCUGUUCCACCCUUAUAUUGACACGCUCUAUGCCACAGCCGGCAAGGAUAAUGUGGUUUCGCUUUAUGAUUUGAGAAACUACAAGGAGCCAUUGCGGAAACUUUACGGGCACACCGACACAAUCAGACAGUUGGAGUGGGACUGGGCUAGCGCUACUACGCUCGUGUCGUGUGGGUACGACACGAGAAUCUUGUUUUGGAACUUGGACAAUUUGGAUGAGGACUUCACCUAUCCGGAUGUCAAUGGGUCAUCGGCGGCAGAAACAACAAAGAGGAAAACACAGCAGACUACAAAAGUCGACCCGUGUUUGAAGUUUGUCCACGGGGGACAUGUCAACCGAGUCAACGAUUUCUCCAUUCAUCCUAAAGUCAGGAACCUUUUCGCUAGCGUUGGAGACGACAAGUUGUUGGAGAUUUGGAAACCAAAGAGUCUAGUUGUGGAGGAACCCGAGGCAGACGAAGAGGAAGAAGAGGAAGAAGCAGUGGAAGAGGUGGAAAAAGUGGGAGAAGGAGAGAAAGUGGAGGAAGCAGUUGAGAAAAAGCAGGAAGUAGCAGAGAAGGAGGAUGAAGCAAAGGCUGAAGAUGAUGGGGAUGCAGAAGUUAAACCUGUAGAGACAGAAAAGAAGAAAGAGCCUUCUGCUGAAGCCGACAAUGGUGACGAGGUGAAACCGGACGCUGCGAGUGCGGAUGUUGAAAUGACAGAGGCCAGCGAGCCUCCAGCCAAGAAUGAGGACUCCGAGCCAACCGUGAAGGCAGAGGAGGAUACAGAAAUGAAAGACUAG